AUGAUCGUUCGAAGGCGACGUGGGGGUGAGAAGAAAACGCCCGAUUUGAGCAUCCAGGUGCUACAUGACAAGGAAGAGCACGUUUACGCUAAUUUAUCAAUGGAUAAACACGAACCAAGGUCAGAAACAGAAAUUCAACUUGAUCAAUUGUUGGAAAAUUAUGACAUGAUGAUAUCUUCAGACAGAGCAAAAUUCAGCGAAGAGUUUGAGGGCUUUUGCAAACCGAAGAAAUACAUUGCUACACAAGGUCCUCUACCAAGUACGAUGGAUGAUUUUUGGAGAAUGAUUGCAGAACGGAAAGUUAUUUGUAUUGUUAUGCUGACAAAAUGCUUCGAAAAUGGAAAACAAAUAACAACACACAUGUUUCAUUUCGUGAAUUGGUCUGACCGUGGAGCACCAGUCGCUACCAGCAAUCUAAUUAGAUUCCACAAUUCCGUAUCAACCCAUAAAACGACUGCUCCGAUUGUUGUGCACUGCAGUGCUGGAGCAAGAAGAACGGGUGCUUUCAUUGCCUUCGAUAUGUUACUAGAAGAAUCUAGAGCUCUAAGAUCAGUUGAUGUUUACAAUUGUGUUUUAAAAAGGAGAGAGCAAAGGGUGGAUAUGGUUCAGAGCUGCGACCAAUACAUUCUCGUGCACAAACUUCUCUUGGAAAUUAUAUGUACGGUGAUACUGAUAUAG